CAUGGAAGACCAUAUGCGGAACAAAGACAGACUGACGGAGGAAUGGAAGGCGCUGUCGGAGUACGAGGCUGAGCCCAACUUCACCACGAUUGGCAAGAUGGCGAAAAAUCUGUCCAAGAAUAGAUUUGAAGACGUUCUACCUUAUGAUCAUACCAGAGUAAUUCUCAAGGAAACCACAGGCCCAUCUCAGUCUGAUUAUAUUAAUGCAAGUCUAAUAACGGAUUCUGACCCAAGAUCUCCUGCCUAUAUCUCUACGCAAGCUCCACUUCCUAACACCAUGUCCGACUUUUGGCAGAUGAUUUGGGAAAACGGUGUAGUGGUGAUAGUCAACUUGACACGACCUGCCGAAAAUGAUAUUGUCCAAUGCGAGAAAUACUGGCCGGAGGAAGACAACAAGGCUUAUGAAAACUACGAAGUGCACUUGGUCUCGGAACACGUAUGGUGUGAAGAUUAUCUUGUGCGGAGUUUCUAUCUUAAGAACUUAUUGACGAAUGAAACACGAACAGUUACUCAGUUCCACUAUCUGACCUGGCCUGACAACGGUGUACCAGCGUCACCACGAUCUUUACUUGAAUUCCGAAGGAAAGUUAACAAGUCUUACCGGGGAAGAUGCUGUCCUAUUCUGGUACAUUGCAGUGAUGGUAUUGGACGCACCGGAACCUAUUGCUUGAUUGACAUGACCUUAACGAGGAUGAUCAAAGGUGCGAAAGAGAUUGACCUAGCUGCUACUUUGGAACAUGUUCGAGAUCAACGACCUGGAAUGGUCCGUACAAUGGAGCAAUUUGAAUUUGUCCUGACGGCUGUGGCGGAAGAAGUCAAUGCAAUCCUGAAAGCUAUACCUCAGUAAGGACUGCACUCAACAGCCAUCCAAUCGGAUAAAUUGAAAGGAAACAGUGGUCGCAAUCUCAUUAUUGUCCGUACUUGCCGUUUGUUUUUCGCUCCUUCUAUCCCCUCGUUGCAUGUCGCUGUACCAUCAGUUAUGGUUUUCUUUCUGGUUGAUUACGGCUAAAGUGGAAAUUCAAAAUUUCUACCGAUUUAAUAUCACACAUCUUUACAACAUUUACUUUGGUGAUGGUCAAUGGCUAAAAUGAUAUGCUAUAACUUUGUCUGGAAAUAUAUAUUAAUAUCAUGCAUGUGUUUUUGAAGUAUGAGAGACAUCCUAAGAGAGAUGGUGUUCAUCCAAGACUAUUGUCUGUCAACAGUGAAGAAUAGUUUCUAAAUAUUACAUUAAAUAUUCAGAUAAAAACUUUGGAAAAUUUAUAAAUAUUUACAAAAUUGGUUGACUAUGAAUAAGUAUGUUCCCAAAAAUGGCCACCGUCUGUGUACUGGGUUAAAGAUAUUGAUGUUGUUAUGUCGCCAUAGCAAUCAAAAAAUUCUCUUACCUUUACUUCACUACCAAAGAGAAAAUUUAACCAUCUAUAUAGAUAAUAAAUUAUUAACAUUGUAAUUAUUUAAAUAUGAAACAAAAUAAAUAACAAAUUAUAUUAAAAGACAUGAUCUGUUUCCUGCUUUGAGUGAAAGAAGUAAAUAUAUAGUAUAUUUAUUCUUUAAAAUUUACUUCAUGAAGGUAAUUUGGCAGUACCUAAUAACAACUUAACAAGAAUUUAGUUAUGUACAAAAUCAAAAUGUAAAUAGUUCUGUUAUAUUUUUUGGAAAUGCCGAAAGCAGUGUAAAUCAAAACAAUCAAUUUCGCCUCAAAAUGUGCAGUAUUCUAUGAUUAUUGCAUUAUAUAUUUUCAUAAAAACUUUUAUUAUUUGUUUUAAAACAUCAAAAUCUGAAUAAUUAUAUCAACGUUAAUUUAACUGCAAAACAUAUCCACCAAUACAAGAUAGAAAUAAUAUUGAUAUUUUUGAAUAUAUAUUUAGUAAAUUAUUGUAUGUUAUUAUUCAAUCUGUUAAAUUUUACAUAUACAGUUUCAUUUGUUAUUUGUACUUUCAGCAUUCCGUAUUCAAAUCCUGGCUUUUGCGUGAAAGGCCUAAGCCUUCUUUAGGUACUUUUGCGACUGUUUUAACUAACAAUAAAUUUGAUCAAGAAUCACGUAAAAAUAGAUAGCAUCUCAAAAAUAAGUGCAAUGUAAUUGGGGGAAACACAUUUAUUUAAUAAAUAAUGUUUGUUUUUAUCAAAAAGUAAAUCCAUAAAAAUGUUUAUUUUAUAAAGAAAUAAUGUUUAUUAAAUUAUGGUUUUAAUGGAGGGACAGGUCUAGUCAGACAAUUUGCAGCAAUUUUAGAUGUUGCAAUAUUCGCUUAAAAUUAUGGUGGAAUCUAUUUAUGGUUGUUAUUGUUAAUUCUAAUUUAUGAUAUCUUUAUAUAAUUUAAUUAAAAGCCAUGAAAUGACAAUAAAUAUGUUAUGAAAUUUUAAUAAGCAUUACAGAGAAGUAUUAUUAAAUAUAUUAAUUGAUUGAUAGAUAUAAUGCAUGGAAUAUUUUUAUUCCAAUUAAAAAUCUUUCUUUGAAAGAUGUUGAGAAUUUAAAGGUUACACGGUCUUCUCAAUAACUUCCCUAUUUUUAAGCAAUUGGAAUUUGUUUAGAAACAGUGUUUAUAAAGUCUAUUGGAUUCAUUUUUUGUACAUUUUGAUUUUUUAUUUUCACCACUCAGUUAUUUUAUUUAUAAUCUUGCUAAAGAGUUCAAAUUUCAUUGUACUAACUCAUCAUUAUUCAUUUUUCAAUUAUCAAAAGCAAAACUCUAAAAAUUACCCUUAGGCCUAACAGUCUGUGUCAUUUUUAAUUGACAAAAUUAAUAAGCUUCUAAUAACAAGUUCUUCCUUCUCCAAAGGUUAAUCGAAUAUACCAGAUGUUAACAUGAGUUGGAAAAAUCUAUGUAUCAUCAUUGUGCUAUGUUCCCAAAACAUAAUGAGAUCAUUCUUCUACUGUUUUAUAAUAUGUUUACUAUUUUCUUUUUUGCAUCUCAUAUAGUGUAUAUUAUUAUUAUUAUUUUUCUCGUAUUUUUAUCCAAUAUGAAGUAACUACUGCUGAAAUUAACUACGCUUAUUAGCAGAGGUAUUGUUGGCUGUUUAAUUUGAAAUCACUACACUAUACAUCUUUAAAAUUUAGUGUUCUGUCACUUUUCAUGGGCCUAUGAUACCCUAGGUUUAACCAGAUUAUCUAACUAGGUUAAUCAGACCUGACCAGUAGUAUUCACUAGAUUAUCUGGUUAUGCAGAUUUGAUGGUAGUAUUUACGGACACUAACCUGGUGAAUUUUGUUGAUGUUUUUAUGGCUUUAUAACAUUCCAAUUUAUUUACAAACAUUCGGACAUACGCUCAAUUGAAUUUCCUAACAAUUACCUCAACCAUACUCUUGUAUUUAUGGUUUGUUAUGAUAAAGUUAUUUUUAAAGGAAAUUAUUAUUUAUUUGACUUAAUAUUGAUGAUGUUUUCAAAUAUAUAUUUCAGAAGAAAACAACUUAUAUUGUUCCACAAUUUUAGUCUCUACUUUAAAAUCUCUUUCUGGAAAAUUACAGAUUAUUUGAAUUACAGACAUAUAAUGUGGAAAGAGGUGGUCCCUUGAGUUCUGGCAGCAUUUAGAUUAGAUGUCUUGCCUAAUAUUUCAAGGUUUGAAGAUACCUCUUUUUUAGUGUAUGUAGUUUACCGUAAGAGGGUAAAUUACUGAAAUGUGGAAGUAUGUGGUUUGCACGAUGUGUGUCCCUGUCGUUGUUUCGCCCCUCAAAAUUUAAUUUAUUGUCUGUCGAGUUAGUAAACGUUUGGGGGAAGACAUCUCCUGAACGUCUGCCACUAUGGUCAUACGACGUGUUUCAUUCUGUUAAAGUAACAAGUGUGCUAGUUACAUGUGUACUAGCAACAAGUGUGCUAUUAUGUGUUUAGUUGAGUAUUAUUAUUAUAUACUGACCGAGAUGUACAAGAAUAAGUAACCCUAUGUUCCUGAACGGCAAGAUACGUAAAAUACAUGUAUAUUGCGGAUAUUCCGAGCGGUCGAAUUUAUCUUAACAAGCUUUUUAUCUUUCAAAGUGUACACCAUGAUGGUCAUGGUGGUGAGAUGAAUAUGAAGUAACGUUGAAAUACGUAGUUGUGUAUUUAAGACGUGUUAUUUGUUUAGUCUGUAAUAGAAUGUGUAAUAAACGGCGUAUUUGUGUUGCAAUUAA